CGCGCAGGUUCCUCCCACCCACCUGACAUGCAACCCGGCCUCGAUACUUCGUUGCGGUACUCGCGCGAAGCCAAGGCAACAAACCUGUUCCAGGGACGGUUGAGAGGGACGUUAGGAGGAAGCGCCCAGCAGGUUCAAGGGGCUCCUGGCUGUAGCAGAGGCAUUGUGAGUGAGUUGAAGAAUGGAUUUUUCAUGGUUCUACAAAUUUAUGGUUCUUCUGUGGAAGAAUUUUGUUUUAAAGAGGCGGCGAUUCAUUGCUUUAAUUAUGGAAAUUAUCCUCACAUUACUAUUUAUUGGUACACUUUUGUUAACCCGCAACUUUGUGGUUAUAAGGAAUUAUGGACCUUUCAAUUACUCUCUUCAGCCUGUGGAUGAGUUGCCUGCAUUCCUUGGAAACAUCCCUUUUCCUGGUCUAUGGGAAUUGGCUUUUGUGCCUUCCAAAAGUGUCGUGGUAAAGAAUAUUGUUGAAACUGUGAAAAGAGAUUUACACUACAACUUUAAAGUUCAAGGUUUUUCUUCAGAAAGAGAUUUUGAAAACUACGUUAAAAAAAAGGUUAAUUCUAAAAAAGUGAUGGCUGCUUUUGUUUUUGACCAUGAGUUCCAAAAUAGCCAUGAUCCCCUGCCACUUAAGGUAAAAUAUCACCUGCGUUUUAGCAGUUUCCAGAGGAACAAGGAUGUGAGGUUUGAUCGAAACAGAGGCUGGGAAACAGGUGCUCUCUUUCCAGCUUUUCCUUCUGUGGGCCCCAGAAAUGAGGAUUUUGAAAAUGGGGGAAGUCCCGGUUACAUCACUGAAGGGUUCCUGGUUAUGCAACAUGCCUUGGACAAGGCCAUCAUGGCAUAUCAUGCACGUGUUGCCGUACAAAAUCUAUUCACCAAUGUCACUGUUUUUGUUCAGAGAUUUCCAUACCCAGAAUAUUAUCAUGAUUUCUUCCUUGAAAUGUUGGAUAUUUUCACCCCUUUGGUAAUCUUAUUUAUCUUUGCUAUGAAUCAUCUUAUCCUCGUUCAAUCUAUUGUGUGGGAAAAGGAAAACCGAUUGAAGGAGUAUCAGCUCAUGGUAGGACUCAGUAAUUGGAUGCUCUGGGCUGCCUAUUUCUUCACAUUCCUUUUUUUGUAUUCAGUUAUCAUCUUUUUGAUGUGCCUUAUUUUCUUUGCAAAGGAAAGUAUUGAACCUGUGCCAGUCAUCCAACACAGUGACCCAUCUCUCGUCUUUGUCUUUUUGCUGUGUUACGCCAUUGCCACAAUAUGCUUCAGCUUUAUGGUUAGCACAUUCUUUAAUAAAGUAUAUUUUUCUGUUUCCGUUGGUGGUUUCAUUUAUCUUGCUACCUACUUUCCAGCUACCAGCUUCUUUUCAAACUAUGCACAGAUGACACUCACCCAGAAGUUGGCAUCCUGUUUCAGCUCAAAUAUUGCGAUGUCACUGGGUACUAAGUUCCUGGUCAAGGCAGAAAUGGACAAAAUUGGAAUUAAAUGGAGUAACAUCUUCUCACCAACCAAACUGGAUAACUUUGUCUUUGCCUAUAUUCUGGGAAUGUUUUUAUUUGAUGCUUUCUUGUAUGGCCUUGUGGCCUGGUACAUAGAAGCUGUUUUUCCAGGAGAGUAUGGUGUAUCCAAACCAUGGAAUUUUUUCCUGCUUCACUCCCACUGGUGUGGAGACGCAAUUGAGAAAACGAAUGAGACAAGACAAUUUUAUGAGACAACCAAAAGCAAAUAUUUUGAGGCUGAACCUCCUGAUUUGGUGGCAGGUAUCCAGAUCAAACAUAUGUGCAAGGUAUUUCAGAAAAAAAACACUAUCAAAACAGCUGUAAAAGACUUGUCUUUGAAUUUGUUUGAGGGGCAAAUCACUGUUCUUGUAGGACAUAAUGGAGCAGGAAAAUCCACUACUCUAUCCAUUCUCUCAGGUCUCUAUCUUCUUACCAGUGGAGAGGCCUAUGUUAAUGGAUAUGACGUCUCAAAGCAGAUGGGCCAGAUCAGGAAAAGCUUGGGCUUGUGUCCCCAGCAGGACUUAUUGUUUAAUUACUUGACAGUAUCAGAACAUCUUUAUUUCUAUUCUGUGAUAAAAGGAAUUCCUCAAAAGAUGCGUCUUAUUGAAAUAAACAACAUGCUGUCUACUUUCAACCUCCUAGAAAAGCAUAAUGCAUUUUCAGUAUCACUGAGUGGAGGAAUGAAGCGCAAACUCUCCAUCAUUAUAGCACUUAUAGGGGGCUCCAAGGUAGUGAUUCUUGAUGAACCAACAUCUGGCAUGGACCCAGCCUCAAGGAGAGCCACCUGGAAUCUGCUUCAGCAUUACAAACAGGAUCGUACCAUAUUAUUGACUACCCAUGAUAUGGAUGAAGCUGACCUCCUGGGUGACCGCAUAGCCAUCAUGGUUAAUGGAUCCCUGCGGUGCUGUGGCUCUUCAAUUUUCCUGAAAAAAAUAUAUGGUGUGGGAUACCACAUAGACAUUGUGAAGGAACCUCACUGUGAUGUUGAAGAAAUCGCCAAAAUCAUUUAUUAUCAUAUACCAAUAGCUACUUUGGAGAAGAAUGCUAGAAAUGAAUUAUCUUUUAUACUACCCAAAGAUUACACACACAGGUUUGAAACUCUGUUUACUGAUCUGGAAAAGAGACGGAAAGAGCUGGGCAUAGCUAGCUUUGGUGCCUCUAUCACUACCAUGGAAGAAGUCUUCCUUAGAGUCAGUAAUAUGGAGGAUUCACCAACAGAUAUCCAAGCUACCCAACCUCAUCCUCCCUCUACAGUCUCAAUCAAGAAUCAGAAUAGGAACAUGUCAAGAAAUGAGAGAGCAGAUUCUUCUGCCAUGAAUGAAAGCCCUGCUGUUAUGUUUAAUACUGGAUAUUCCCUCUACCAACAGCAGUUCUGUGCCAUGUUCAUAAAGAAAGCAAUAUUCAGUUGGCGCAACUGGAAGCUAAUUUUGAUACUGAUAUUGGCCUUUCUAGGUUCCCUUAUAUUUCUUCUCUCAGAGGGUGCUAUUUUUUCAAAUAAUAAUGAUAAUGAGAAGGCCAGACAAAUGGAUUUGGGUCAAUAUGGUCCAACUAUUGUGCCCGUAUCUAUUUCUGGAGAUUCUAAUUUGACUCUGGCUUUCUUGCAACAUCUUAAAAGUAUGCUGGAGCCUGAAAAACAAACACUGAAGGAAGUGCAAGGUGACCUACUGAAAUACUUAAUGGAAAAUAAAGAUUGUAUUCAGUCAUGCAUUGUUGCAUUUUCCAUUGUGGUGAAGACAAAUACAACAAUAUUUACUGCUCUGUUCAACAAUCAAGCAUACCAUUCACCAUCUCUGACCCUGGCAAUGUUAGACAACAUUCUUUUCAAGUCCGUUUCUGGCCCUAAUGCUUCCUUAACCGUCUCCAAUAAACCUCAGCCAAGCCCUGCUUAUAAUGAACCCAGGUGA